GAAAAGUAAAGUAAAGGGAGGGGAUUUGCAACAGUCCAAAAUCCUCUGACUAUAGACACUAAAUAAUUGGUUUGGAUUUGUGCAGCGAUCAGCUAUGGCUUCUUCUAAAGUGCGCGAGAAUUUCUGCUAUGUCGCCAAGCUUGCUGAACAGGCUGAACGCUACGAUGAAAUGGUGGAUGCGAUGAAGAAUGUGGCAAAGCUUGAUAUUGAAUUGACAGUGGAAGAGCGGAACUUGUUGUCCGUUGGGUACAAAAAUGUGAUUGGUGCUCGGAGAGCUUCAUGGAGGAUUCUUUCCUCUAUAGAGCAAAAAGAAGAAGCUAAAGGAAAUAAGGUAAAUGCAAAGAGGAUCAAGGAGUAUAGACACAAGGUUGAGUCUGAGCUUUCAGGUAUCUGUAGUGAUAUAAUGACUGUGAUUGAUGAACAUCUCAUUCCUUCUGCAUCUGGUGGUGAAUCAACAGUGUUCUUCUAUAAGAUGAAAGGCGAUUAUUAUCGGUAUCUUGCCGAGUUCAAAGCUGGUAAUGAGAAAAAAGAGGCUGCUGAUCAUUCUAUGAAGGCGUACGAGACAGCUACAACUUCUGCAGAGGCUGAGUUGCCUCCUACACAUCCCAUCCGAUUGGGAUUAGCCUUGAAUUUCUCAGUCUUCUAUUAUGAGAUUAUGAAUUCACCUGAGAGGGCCUGCCACCUUGCCAAGCAAGCUUUUGAUGAAGCUAUUGCAGAGCUUGACACCCUCAAUGGGGAGUCUUACAAAGACAGCACCUUAAUUAUGCAGCUUCUUAAGGACAACCUCACCCUUUGGACUUCCGACAUCCCAGAGGAUGGAGAAGAUGCCCUGAGGGUCAAUGGCACUGCCAAAGUUGGUGGGGCAGAUGAGGUUGAGUGAAACAACACCGUGUGACAUUACAUGUGCCCGUGGGAACUUCUGUCUUUUGACUUCGUGUGUUUGUGCAAAUUGGACUGGCAUCUCAUAGCCAAUGUUACAGUAAAUACAUCGAAUAUUUCACUGUUUUUCA